CCCCCGUUCUUGCUGCCCCCUCCCCUGUCGCGCGCGCGCGCGCGGAGCGGGGGCCUGUUUCUCGCUCCUCCCGAGUUGCGGCCGCCGCCGCUGCCGCCGCCGCCGUCGUCGCCGCCGCCGCUGCUCCUCCUCUCUCAAUCUCGGGUUUCCCAGGCGCUGCCGCCGCCGCUACCUCUGCGGUCUGAGGAGGAGGAUGUGAAGAUGGCGGAGCUGCAGAUGCUGCUGGAGGAGGAAAUCCCGGGGGGCCGCCGGGCCCUCUUCGACAGUUACACGAACCUGGAACGGGUGGCAGAUUACUGCGAGAACAACUACAUCCAGUCAACAGAUAAGCAGAGAGCCCUUGAAGAAACCAAAGCCUACACCACCCAGUCCUUAGCAAGUGUUGCCUACCUGAUAAACACUUUGGCCAACAAUGUUCUGCAAAUGCUGGAUAUCCAGGCAUCACAGCUUCGGAGGAUGGAAUCUUCAAUCAAUCAUAUUUCACAAACUGUUGAUAUUCAUAAAGAGAAAGUUGCAAGAAGAGAAAUUGGUAUCUUGACUACCAAUAAAAACACUUCAAGGACACAUAAGAUUAUUGCUCCAGCCAAUCUUGAAAGACCAGUUCGUUAUAUUAGAAAACCUAUUGACUAUACGAUUCUAGAUGAUAUUGGACAUGGAGUAAAGUGGUUGCUUAGAUUUAAGGUGAGUACCCAGAAUAUGAAGAUGGGUGGGCUGCCUCGUACAACACCUCCAACUCAGAAACCUCCCAGCCCCCCAAUGUCAGGGAAAGGGACACUUGGGCGGCACUCCCCCUAUCGCACACUGGAGCCAGUGCGUCCUCCAGUGGUACCAAAUGAUUACGUACCUAGCCCAACCCGUAAUAUGGCUCCCUCGCAGCAGAGCCCUGUGAGGACAGCUUCUGUGAAUCAAAGAAAUCGAACUUACAGCAGCAGUGGGAGUAGUGGAGGAAGCCACCCAAGUAGUCGGAGCAGCAGUCGGGAGAACAGUGGAAGUGGGAGUGUGGGCGUUCCCAUUGCUGUUCCUACUCCCUCUCCUCCCAGUGUUUUUCCAGCCCCUGCUGGCUCUGCUGGUACUCCUCCCCUUCCUGCUACUUCUGCAUCUGCCCCUGCCCCUCUUGUUCCUGCUUCUGUCCCUUCCUCCACUGCCCCAGAUGUUGCUGCGGGGGGUCCCCAGGCCCUUGCUGAUGGCUUCACUUCUCCUACUCCCCCUGUUGUUUCUUCCGCUCCCCCUACAGGUCAUCCUGUUCAGUUCUACAGUAUGAAUAGACCUGUUGCUCGCCAUACUCCCCCAACAAUAGGGGGGUCUUUGCCCUAUAGACGCCCUCCUUCCAUAACUUCACAGACAAGUCUUCAGAACCAGAUGAACGGAGGGCCGUUUUAUAGCCAGAAUCCAGUAUCUCUUGCUCCUCCUCCUCCCUCCAUCCUACAGGUAACUCCCCAGUUACCUUUAAUGGGAUUUGUGGCCAGAGUCCAAGAAAAUAUUUCAGAUACACCACCUCCACCACCACCUGUGGAAGAACCAGUCUUUGAUGAAUCUCCCCCACCGCCACCACCCCCCGAAGACUAUGAAGAGGAGGAGGCUGCUGUGGUUGAGUAUAGUGAUCCUUAUGCUGAAGAGGAUCCACCAUGGGCCCCACGAUCUUACUUGGAAAAGGUUGUGGCAAUUUAUGAUUAUACAAAAGACAAGGAAGAUGAGCUGUCAUUUCAGGAAGGCGCCAUUAUUUAUGUCAUUAAGAAGAAUGAUGAUGGUUGGUAUGAGGGAGUUAUGAAUGGAGUGACUGGGCUCUUUCCUGGGAAUUAUGUUGAAUCCAUCAUGCAUUAUUCUGAGUAAAGCUUUCAGCUGGGUUGUUUCCCUCACAGAAUAGUCAAGUUUUCCCAGGGCAAAAGGCCCUGGAGAUUUCCCUCCAGUGAAAUGAAUGAAGGACAAGUGAUAAAAACUACUUAGUUUUGUUUAUCCCCCAGUAUUAAACAAACAAAAAAGCAAGCUGAAUUUAAAUAAAUGGAUCUUGCUGCCAUCAUCCGUACUAUGCUGAGCUGUCUGGAUUGAAAUAAAGUGACCAUUUUGGGACAUGUCAGAGCUAUCACAGCAUAACUAUGUAAAAAUAAAUCAGGUUAAGACUAAUUCAGAAAAAUAUCUGGGAUCUUUCUCAGGAAUACUGUUUAUCCUUAGGAAUUUUCCUCCUGCAGACUCUGUGGCAUUGGAUGUUCUUCGGUGCCUGUGCUAAGGGAUAACCUCAUGGUCAAGUGUGUACCCUCACCCCAAUUUCUUCCACUUGUAUGAGGAGGGAAUCAGUACUUAAAUACUAUACCUAACCAUUUUUAGAAUUGUUUCAGAUGGCUUCUUUCCUCUUAGCACUGUAAAUCCUGCAUUCUCUCAGCACUUAAGUGCACCACGAGUUAAUGCUGAACUGACUUGCAUCCCUUCAUGUUUCUCAAUUUGUAGUAUGAGGUUGAUGAAACGUGAGUUUCCACACAUUGCGAGGGUGAUCACUUUUAAUGUGCUCUGCUGCAUGAAUCUGCAUUGCCACUAGUGGCCAUCGUGCCCAGGUGUGAAGAGCAGUAGGCUAGUUCAUCUGCUUAAGCAGGCAUGCGAAACUAGAGAGGACUGUUCCUAAGGUUCCAGGAGACUGAGCUGUAGAAAUUUACCACAGGUCAGUUGGUGUCCUGAACCCUUGUCAUAGGUGCUGUUCUGAGGAGGUCAGGUUAUUUACUUUUUUUCAUUUUAAAACAUUCUUCUUUUGGGAAAAUUUCACAUACAUCUUUUCAUUGUCACUUGGAAUAGGAGGCUUGUUACUGUGUUUUCUGAAUAUUUAAAUGGCCAGUGUUAGCUGCUGCUGCAUUGUUUACUCAAUUCUGAAACAGAAUUCUUCUAAUUUUGUGUGAUUGGUCUCUGAAGGAGCUGCUCUUGGUAGAAAUUUGUACCUUAUCCAAAGAAUAAUGGUAAUGGAACAUGUGGGAUAAAGCCAAAUACUUAGUUAAUCAUAUAAAAAAAUAAAACUUUGAGGGAAAUGACAGUAUUUUUCUAUCUGUGCAUUAUAGUUUCAGUGGAGUUUGUUAGGAAAAUUUGCUUUAAUAUAUCUCAGUAGUAAGCAUAAUAUUACAUUCCAGAAGGGUCAGCAGGUGAUACUGCAGUGAGGAUCCAACUUAUGGUCCUUCAGG